AUGCGUGGCGCAGGCAGCAAGCGCAAGCAGCCGGCGUCCGCGGCUGAGCCUCCAGCAGCAGCAGCAGCAGGCCGCGGCAGCUCUGCUGCGUCCCCGGCCUUAGCAGCAGGGAGCGGGCUGCUGGCGGUGUCAGAUGCCGAGCUGGAUGCAGCGGCGGCGGCGCUGCCGCUGCCCCCUCUGGCGCAGCACCUCGAGGCGGCAUUUGUGGUGCUGGCUCAGGUGCAUGCCUUCCUCACCCAGCAACACAUCCAGGCCACCUGGGGCCACCUGCGGCAGUCGGCGGCCGGCAUGCACCUGCGCCAGCCGCUCACCCUGGCCGACUGCCGCCUCGUGGCGACGGUGUGCCCCGAGCUGGUUGCCAUGCAGCAGCACGUCAGGGUGGUGCCCCGCUCCUACCGCGACACCUGGCGCAUGGCGGUGUCGUCCCCGCAAAAGGCACGAGCUGCGGUGGCGGCUGCUGCGGCUGCAGAGGCGGCAGCAGACGGCGAGCAGCAGCCGCUGCCCAACCCCAUGCACCUGCGCACAGACGGCGCCGGCACGGUGCUUGCGGGGGGCGCGGCGGCGGCAGCAGCAUGCGCGGCGGCAUCUGGCAGCGGCGCUGCUGCUCCUGCUGCUGCUGCUGCAUCUGACGACACUCUCGUGGUUGACAUGGCAGACCCCGGAAGGGGGCUCCUCACCCGUCCCAUCCCUGCGCCCUUCCUGCAGCAGCUGCGCCGCCAGGCAGCCGGCUCGCGUGCGGGUGGCAGCGGCACAGGCAACAGCCCACCUGACGCACAGGCAGCUGCGGUUGGUGAGGAGGGGGUUGAGGAGAUGGCAGAGCUCAGCGGCGGCAGCGAUGAGGAAAGCAUGGCUGCAGCUGGCGCGCGGGGUGCUGGCAGCGGUGCCGACGCGUCGGCGGGGCAGCAGCCCGGCACAGCCAGGCGCCCUGCGUUCCGCAUCAACCAGCUGGUGCGGCAGCGGUGGUGCUUCCGCAGGGCCGUGGUGCGGACGCUGCUGCUGGUGCAGCAGCAGCAGGUGGGGCCUUCCUGGAAUGAGGGACAGCAGCAGCCGCAGCAGCCGCAGCUGCAGCAGCCGCAGCAGUCCAGCGGAUUGAUGCGACGGCAGCCUCGGCGCGGCGCACGUGCUGCCAAGGCUGCCAGUGCCAGGGAGCAGCGGCCGGCCGGCCCGCACUGGCACCCUUCCUUUGACCCCGCUGCUGUGACAGCCGAGCAGCUGGCGGCAGCCGGCGAGCAGCUGUCUGCCCCGGCACGGGCGGCUGCCGCGGCUGCGGAGCAGGAGGCGAGCGGGGUGGAUGCCCUGGCAGCUGCGCGGCGCAGCAGCCACAGGCCGCCGGCAGCAGGAGCUUUGGGCCCAGCCCGGUUUCUGGAGCACUUGAAGGCGCUGCCCUGGUACCAGGGCCAGGCGGUGCACGAGGAGCAGAUGGCGGCGCGGCAGGCGCAGCACGCGACCCCGGCGACGCCGCUGGCGCCGGCGGUGGCGGCCGCCCUGCAGCUCCGCGGCGUCGGGCGCAUUUUCACGCACCAGGCGGCGACGGGCCGGCACACCGUGGUUGCCACCAGCACAGCCUCCGGCAAGUCGCUGUGCUACACCAUCCCCAUCCUGCAGGCGCUGGCGCAGGACCGCGGCGCGUGCGCCCUGCUCAUGUUCCCCACCAAGGCGCUGGCGCAGGACCAGCUGCGGGCGCUGCGGGAGGCGUGCGCCGCGGCCUUUGGGUCGGGGGGCGAGCAGGCGGUACCGCACGUGGAGGUGUAUGAUGGGGACACCCCCAUGGCGGAGCGCGGCACAAUACGCGACAGGGCCCAGCUGCUGAUCACCAACCCAGACAUGCUUCACAUGUCGGUGCUGCCGGUGCACCAGCAGUUUGGCCGGCUGCUCGGCAAUCUCAAGUAUGUGGUGGUGGAUGAGGGGCACGCCUACAAGGGCGUGUUCGGGUGCCACGCCGCGCUGGUGCUGCGCCGCCUGCGCCGCCUGUGCGACCGCGUAUAUCACAGCCGGCCCACAUUUGCCGUGACCACCGCCACGCUGGCCAACCCCAGGGAGCACGCCCUGGAGCUGCUGGGGGUGCUGGAUGUGCACGUGGUGGCAGAGGAUGGCAGCCCCCACGGCCCCCGCACCUUUGUGAUGUGGAACCCGCCGCUGCGCCAGGCAAGCACGCAGGCUCGGCCCCGGCUUGGAAGCCAUGUGGGGGCUCCAGGAGGGCCAUCGCAGACUGAGGCUCGCGCACGCGGCCGGCGGGAGUGGCAGGCCGACCAGCGGCAGCGCCGGCAGGAGGCCAGCCAGCAGCGGGGCAGCGGAGUGCUGGAGGUGGGCGGCCAGGAGGGGCCAGAGCCCUCAGACGCGCAGCGGCUGUCGGCAGCCAAGCUGCAGCAGCGGCGGCAGCUGCUGGAGGCCGCGGUUGGUGGGUGGCAGCCAGAAGGAGGGCUGCCAGAGCGGCAGCAGCACGCCGGCCUGCAGCCCCCAUCCCCGGCGCAGCAGCCGGUGGCGGCGGGAUGCGAGCAGCAGCAGCGGCAGCAGCGGGCCCCACCACCGCCCCCAGCCGCGCUCAGCGCUGAGCUUAGGAGGGAGGUGGCCGAGGCAAAGGCUGCGCUGGCGGCAGUAGGUGGCAGCCACACCCGGCCACGCCAGCACACAGCCACGCCUGCCGGGCCCUCUCGCCCGCUGAUCAGGCGGCAGCCGGUGAGCGCCAAGGCUGCUGUGGAGCAGCUAGCUGCGGCAUCUGCAGCAGGCAGGGGCAGGGGCACGGGGAACGCUGGCGGCAGGGCACGGGGCCGGGACGCCGCCAGCGGCAUGCCUGCCAGCAGCGGCGACGACGAGUACCGUGCACGGCUGCCCGACAGCAAAGACUGGAAGGCAGCUGCGCUGGCGGCUCAGGCUGCUGCCGCUGCCAGCAGGGCUCCUGGCAGGGCGGAGAGCGCAGGCGGCGCCAGUGCUGCUCCAGCUGCCGCUCCUGCCGCUGCUGGGGAGGAGGAGGAGGAGGAGGAGCGGCGCAGCAGCCCGAUUGUGGAGCUGUCGCUGCUGCUUGCGGAGUGCGUGCAGCACGGGCUGAGGACUAUCGCGUUUUGCAAGUCCAGGAAGCUGUGCGAGCUGGUGACGGCGUAUGUGCGGGAGACGCUCAAGUGUACCGCCCCGCACCUGGCAGACAGCAUCGCCGUGUACCGCGCAGGGUACAGCCCCGCGGAGCGGCGCGAGAUCGAGCGGGCGCUGUUCCGGGGCAGCCUGCGCGCGGUGGCUGCCACCAACGCACUGGAGCUGGGCGUGGAUGUGGGGUCCCUGGAUUGCACCCUGCACCUGGGCUUCCCCGGCAGCGUCGCCUCCCUGUGGCAGCAGGCGGGGCGCGCGGGGCGGCGGGAGCAGGCCUGCCUGGGCAUCUACUUGGGCUGGGAUGGGCCGCUGGACCAGUACUUCAUGCGCCACCCGGCCCAGCUGUUUGGGCGGCCGGUGGAGCGGGCGCUGGUGGACGCUCGCAACCCGUCGGUCCUGGAGGCGCACCUGGCGUGCGCCGCCGCCGAGGCGCCGCUGCUGCUGGAGGAUGACCAGCACUACUUUGGGGCAGGCCUCCCCGCCAUUGCUGCGGCGCUGCAGUCUGCGGCGCUGCUGGGGCGGCACCCGCUGGCGCCCUCGCCCCGCGUGCUGCACUAUGUCGGGGCAGUGGCCAGUCCGGCCUCCAAGAUCAGCCUGCGUGCCAUCGACCCUGAGCGGUACGCCAUUGUGGACGAGUCGCUGGGGGGCCAGCUGCUGGAGGAGAUUGAGGAGAGCAAGGCCUUCUUCCAGGUGUACGACGGCGCGGUGUACAUGUACCAGGGCCGCACCUACCUGUGCAAGAAGCUGGACCUGGAUGCACGCGUGGCGGUGGUGCGCCCCGCUGAUGUCAAGUACUACACCAACCAGGCGGUGGUGACGGUGCGGUGGCUGGGCUUCCGCCGCAUCUGGCGAGGCACAGGGCAGGUGUUUGACACCGUGGAUCUCUUCCUGCCAGACGUCCAGUUCGAGACUGAGGCCGCCUACUGCUGCCUGCCGCAAGCCACGCGGCGGCGCCUCAAGGACACCGGCCUUCCCUUCCGCGACGGCGUGCAUGCCGCCUGCCACGCGCUGCUCAAUGUGCUGCCCCUCUACCUCAUGUGCAACCCAAACGAUGUCGGCACAGAGUGCGACAACCCCUAUGACACCCGCUACAAGCCGGAGCGCAUCCUCAUCUUUGACAAGCACCCCGGCGGCAUCGGCCUGGCUGCCGCGGCUGCGCCGCUGUUCCCGGAGCUGCUGCGUGCCGCGCUCAGCCUGGUGCGGGAGUGCGGCUGCUCGGGGCGCAGCGGCUGCCCCGCCUGCGUGCAGCACACAGAGUGCAGCGAGUACAAUGCAGUGCUGCACAAGCGGGCGGCGGCGGUGGUGCUCGAGUCGCUGCUGGAGGAUGGGGCGGCGGAUGGAGCGGGGCCGCGGGGAGAGGGGCAGACUGAGGUGGACUAG